UCAGUGAAUCUCCCAGUAACAUCUCUCCCUGUGACAGGGUCACUUCAUUACCCCAGUGUUUUAAUAAAUUUCCUCGUAGAAUAGUUCUCCAACUUGUACCGUCUACCCAGUACAUCACCCAGACCUCUGGGCGUCACAAGCAGCUGUUCCCUAGUAUUAUCAACGGCGCAAGCGCUAGGCCAUCGUCAAAGCGAGCCCGGGUGUUACAAAGUUUUCCACUUGAUGAAAUUAAUUUGAUUGAAUGUUGAGACGUAACGGAGUUUGAAAUCAACUCGGUUGGGUUUGCAAUUGAGAGAAAUGGUAGUGUCGAGACCUUUGAUGCUGCUAAUGAGCGAUCAAACACGUGCAAAUACACAUGACACGUUUUAUAGGAUGAAUUUAUGAGCGGGUGGGCGUAAUUACGGAAGAUUAUUUGUUUAUCUGAAUGGAGAUUAACCAUGGCUGUGAAUGUCGUGAGAUGCCUGAACAAACCACGUUUGAAUUACAUGGGCCUGAUGUACAGAAACGCAUGCACCUCAAGUGCAGAUUCCAGCGAAACUUACGAUCUGGUUGUAGUUGGGGGUGGAAUUGUUGGUUGUGCAACGGCACGUGAGAUGUUGGAAAGGCACCCCCAGCUCAAGAUCGCGAUUGUAGAGAAGGAGAGUAAGCUGGCAAUGCAUCAGACUGGCCACAACAGUGGGGUUGUACAUGCGGGAAUUUAUUAUACACCUGGUAGCAUGAAGGCGAAAAUGUGCGUUGAAGGGCUCAAAAUGUCGUACGAUUACUUUGGGAAGCAUGACAUACCGUACAAGAAGGUGGGGAAGUUAAUUGUGGCUCAGACGCCUGAACAGGUGAGCAGGAUCGAUGAAUUGUAUGAACGAGGGAUAAAGAACGGAGUGCCAGGACUGGAGAUUAUUCAGAAAGAUGGGAUAGGUAAAUUUUCGGAAAAAUGUAAGGGAGAAAAAGCAAUUUGGUCACCAUCCACUGGAAUCGUCGACUGGGGAGAAGUCUGUCGUUUCUUCGCCUCGGAAUUUGAAAAAAUGGGCGGAACAGUUAUUCUAAACCACGAAGUAACUGGUUUCAAAGAGACUAGUGAGUCCAAAGGGACUAACGAUCUCUCUCCAAUAUCGGUUUUAUCCAAAAAUAAGACUCUCCAAACAAAGUAUGUCCUCACCUGCGCCGGUUUACACUCAGACCGUCUCGCUGUGAUGACAGGCUGUGACUUGAGCCCAAGAAUAGUUCCCUUUCGUGGUGAAUAUCUCCUUCUCAACGAUAACAAAAAACACCUGUGUACGACAAAUAUAUAUCCAGUUCCUGAUCCAAGAUUUCCAUUUCUUGGGGUGCACUUCACUCCGAGAAUGAAUGGAGACAUUUGGCUGGGACCCAAUGCUGUUCUGGCAUUAGCAAGAGAGGGAUACAGGUGGACAGAUGUUAAUGUGAAAGACUGCAUUGAAAUGGCCAAGUUUCCAGGGCUGUGGAAACUCUGCUUCCGAUUUAUUGUUCCUGGUAUGAAAGAGGCUGUUAAAUCUAUUUUUUAUCCACUGGCUGUCAAGGAUCUUCAGAAAUUUAUGCCUGAAAUGACGUACAAAGAUGUGAAAAGGGGACCUGCAGGUGUCAGAGCACAGGCUAUGGACAACGAUGGUAAACUGGUGGACGAUUUUGUCUUCGAUGGUGGUGCUGGCAGCAUAGGGAGCAGAGUUCUUCACUGCCGAAAUGCCCCAUCGCCCGCAGCUACCAGCAGCAUGGCCAUCGCCAAAUACAUCUCCAAUAAACUUGAAAAAGAUUUUUCUUUCUGAGAUGAGAGCUUGGAAUACUCUUGAUCUGUUGAAUUGUCGUUACAGAUUUUAUCUAUUAAAGCUGAUUUUUUUAGUGAA